CCGAAAUCAUGAAUUCUAGUUCCACCGAAAUGAAUUCGAGAACUUAAAGAAGGUGCACCAUCUGUCGGGUAAUAAUAUCGUUAUACGAGUAUGAGAAAGUGACGUCUUGUACAAAGACUAACCACAUAUAUAGCUGGUCCCAAUACCAUGCCAAUACUAAACGGAAACUAGUGUUAUCGGAAAGCCAUAUGAGUACCGAUGCGUUACAACAGUUCAAGCCUUUUCUAUUUACUGGAAAGAAGUGCUAUAAAUAACUAGCAUUAGCAGCAGGUUCAAGAACCAGUGUGAAUCGGCGCAGCAGAGUGGAUAACAUCACUGGAAAGUUGUGCGAAGUAACACAACUUUGCUGAGGAUCUACCAUUGCAACGGCCAGUUUAUAUUCUGGACGAAAUCAACAUGAACACACGUCAACUUCCGCUCGGUUCUUUCCUGUGUGCUGUGUUCAUCCAACAAAUUCUGCUUCUAAUGGUAGCGCCCUCAACGCUGACGACUGUUUCGGCGGCAACAACAAGCAGGAACGCCGACGACGAUGGUUCGUUGUUGAUUGGAGCGUUCAACAUCCAAAUACUGGGGCAAGCCAAAUUUAAGAAGGUGGAAGUUGUCGAAACACUGGUGAAGAUUCUGAGGCGAUAUGAUUUGGUGCUGAUCCAGGAGAUACGUGACAGUGCACAGACGGUUAUUGGACAAAUUCUGGAUGCCGUCAAUUCGGGUCUAAGUGACAAGUACGAAAUGGUGGUGAGUGAAAGACUUGGACGUACCAACAGCAAGGAGCAGUAUGCGUAUUUCUACAAACCAAGUAAAUUGACUCUGAUUACAAGUUACGUGUACAAUGAUGAGAGGGGCGAUGUGUUUGAGCGGGAACCAUUUAUCGCAUAUUUCGAGUCUCCAACAACAGCUGUGGACAGAUUUGCGAUGUUUGGUAUUCAUAUCAAGCCAGCCGAAGCUGUCGAAGAAAUCAACCGACUGGUUGAAGUUUACGAUGACUUCGUAAACAGAUAUAGACAGAAGAACGUCAUCAUCGGUGGCGAUUUUAAUGCAGAUUGCGGCUACGUGUCAAAGGGCAUCCUAAACGACGGCUUAAUACUGCGUACAGACACUCGAUUCAACUGGAUUAUUCCCGAUGACUUAGAUACCACAGUGGCAGCUUCAGACUGUUCAUACGACCGAUUUGUAAUUGCUGGAGACGAACUCAACGACAACAUUGUACCGGGACGAACGGGUGCUUUUUACUUUGAUGAGCAAUAUGGUUUGGAUUCAGGCGAGACCCGACUCGUGAGUGACCACUACCCUAUCGAGAUGGUUAUUCAAGGAAAUCUGACACCUGUGUCGCCAUUAUCGCACACCACCUCUGGCACCGUAAGUUGUUCCGGCAGUUUCCGUGCCGUGGUGUGGCUGUGCCUCCUGGUCGUCGCGGAGGAGACCGACCCGUCGGUGUGCAUCGGCCGUCUGGUCGAAUCGCUCACAGGCGAGGGUUCCGGCGUGACGGACCGCUGCACCGAGGACUGGAUCAAACGUUAUCUGGAGUUGUCCUAAACUGAACAAGGAGAGGCGGGGUUGGUGUUGGGGUUGGGGUCAGUUCGGUUGCUCACGGGUGGACCAGGUCUGAUGGUGACGGAGGGUAGUUGAUAUAUUUAGGGGUUCACUGGUCCAUAUAGACUUGAUGACAAUUUAGCGCUGCUCCAAACACACAUUUUGCCGUUCAUAUACUAAUAAUAUCGAGGUCUUAUAUAGCGCACGUAUCUACCAAACAAGAAAGAUAGGUUAUUGCAUUGCAGUGACGAAUUCUGAGACCCAAUUAUUCAGCACCCAAGGUGCUACGGCGCAUACAGCAGCCAUCGUAUGAUAAUGAUGAAGGUUAUUUCACAAGGAGGGCGCUGUUUCAUGCAACAAUGAAUCGGCUAUCGGAUAGAUUAAAAGCCAUGAUCAAAGAUUUUGAACCAAGUCUGAGGGCUCUAUUAUUCAAAUUGGGGAAAUCGUACACCCAAACCCCCUCCCCCGCCGGGAAAACCGCCCAAAAUAACAUGCACACAAAAUACCCAUUCUACAAAACAUUGAUAUUUCAGUGCGCUAAUGUGGUGUUGCUGUCGCUUUAAAAUUUAUAAUUUUUUAAGGACAUCUUGUAUAUUAAAUGUCUAAAACAUGA